UGCAAUGCUUCGGGAGAGCAGAUACAUAUUGAAUACAUUACAGCAGAGUGCUGAAGCUUUCGCUAUAAUGUAGACUGAUGUGUGUUCGUCUGAACGCCCGAACAAGCACGAGCACUGUAUCGGUAUCUCGAAAUGCACGCUGCGACUAACAGUUUCUUCAUUUGUUUCCUCUCCAUACUCGUUCGUAUGUACCAAUGUAGGUUCAAACGGGCACCUUUACGGGGAGUAAUCUGAAAGUUAAUUGGAUCGAGGGCCUUUGCGACGACACUUGUGUGUUCUGGAGACUCGCUUCCCACAUUCUUUCACAGUGCGCGAGGAAGCGAGAGGACAGAUUUGGCGAUACAUUGCCGACAAUGAACGUGGAAUUACCUCCAGUUGCAACAUGGCUGCUGCUUAGAUGUUUAUUGGAAAAGUUCAGCCCUGAACAUUAAGAAAGUUUUUAAAAUUAUCCACUUGGCAAAAAAAUAACUUUACUGGCUGGACUGGACUGGACUACACAGAGCGCGUGCAGCUCGCCGUCAUUCAGUUUGGUCCCUGCGAGACAGCAAACCAACACUUUACGUGAACCUUCUCGCUUUUAACAGCAUUUUCAACUUCGUCAAAGACGUGUAAUCUUACUGUAGAAAAUGCAUUUCUCCAUCCCCGAGACGGAGGUCCGCUCCGAUGAAAACGGAUCUUCAUAUGUGGCUUACAACAUCCAUGUCAACGGUGUGUUGCAUUGUCGAGUACGUUACAGCCAGCUCCUGGGCCUCCAUGAACAGAUAAAAAAAGAAUAUGGAAAUAAUGUGGUGCCGGCUUUUCCGCCAAAGAAGAUCUUCACUCUCACACCGGCUGAAGUCGAUCAGAGGAGGGAACAGCUAGAGAAAUACAUGCAGGCUGUGCGUCAGGACCCCAUCCUGGGAUCCAGUGAGGUGUUCAACAGCUUUUUGAGAAAAGCUCAACAGGAGACCCAGCAGAUCCCCACUGAGGAGGUGCAGCUGGAAAUCUACCUGUCCAAUGGCCAGAAGGUCAAAGUCAACAUCCUCACAUCUGACCAGACCGAAGAUGUUCUGGAGGCUGUGGCCUCAAAGCUUGACCUUCCCGAUGAGCUGGUGGGAUAUUUCAGCCUGUUCCUGGUUCAGGAGCGGGGGGAUGGGGGCUGCACGUACGUGAGAAAACUGCAAGAAUUUGAGCUGCCCUACGUGUCCAUCACCAGCCUGCAUAGUCCCGACUACCAUAUCGUCCUCCGUAAAAGCUACUGGGACACCGCGUACGACAGUGAUGUCAUGGACGACCGCGUGGGACUCAACUUGUUAUAUGCUCAGACGGUGUCUGACAUAGAGCGAGGAUGGAUCCUUGUGAACAAAGAGCAGCACAGACAGCUGAAAUCCCUGCAGGAAAAGGGCUCAAAGAAGGAGUUCAUCAGAUUGGCUCAGACACUCAAGUACUACGGCUACAUCAAGUUUGAUCCCUGCAUCACAGAUUUUCCAGAGAAGGGCUGUCAUGUUAUAGUCGGUGCCGGCAACAAUGAACUCAACUUUCAUGUCAAACUGCCCAGCGAACAGAUGAAAGAGGGCAGCUUCAAAGUCACGCGCAUGAGAUGCUGGCGGGUCACUUCAUCUCAGGUGCCAGUGGCGAACGGUACUGCGAACCCAAGCAGCUCCAGUAAAUGUGACGUGAAACUAGAGCUGGCCUUCGAGUAUUUGAUGAGCAAAGACCGUCUGCAGUGGGUCACCAUCACCAGUCCACAGGCCAUCAUGAUGAGUAUCUGUCUGCAGUCUAUGGUGGAUGAGCUGAUGGUGAAGAAAUCUGGCGGAAGCAUUAAAAAGCAGAUGCAGAAGAAGCGACUGAACGGCUCGUUCCAGCGAUCUGACAGUCAGCAAGCUGUGAAGUCUCCUCCAUUACUGGAUUCCCCUGAUCCCAGCCGUGAACAAGUAGUCAAACUCUCUACCAAGCUGUCUUCUGUCUCCCUGAGAGGACUAAGUUCUUCCAACUCAGCCAGUGACAUCAGUGGCAAUGAUUUCCAUGGAAACUACGCUUUUGAAGGAAUCGGGGACGAUGACCUGUGAUGGAGUCGUCCUCAUAGACUGGACUGAAGGAGUCGGAUUCAUUUAGCGGUUUCUCUGCGUCGAGUGUAGUUUAAUAGAUGCCCGGUUCUGCAAUAUUGUAACCCCUUUCUGAAAGAAUUACAUUAAGGGUCUCUGAAAUGGCCUUUGAAGUCUCUCAUUAGUUUUAUGAGAGGCCUCAGAUUCAGUCCUCGUGCAAUUAAAGUAACAAAAAUCGGAUAAUUUCAGAUUUGAGGCAUAAUUGGAGAUUUCAAAGGUUAAAUUAAUACAGGGUUACAUAAGCACCUCAGGGCAAGUUACUGCAUGUUAAUUUAGGCUGUGAUGAAAGUUUCUUCUGCAGAUGGGCUUCAUUGAAUCGUACUUCCUUACUAGAGACACAAAACUGUGCUUUUCCUCUCAUCAUUUUGUAGGCACAAAUUCCUGUCAACAUAAAAUCUAUUAUUUAACAGAGAAGUGUUCUGCUUCGUAUCGUGCAGUGUGCCAAUGUUGCUCAACCUCUUGUGUAGUAGCGACAAAUUGACCUAUAACUUGGUAGAUCUCUGCAGAUUCCUGUGUCUUCAGGAAAGGUAAUCUCGCAGCUAACUCCACCUGAUGCCUACUGCAUAUUCAUUGCAUAUCCUCGAUGAAAGUCACCCUCUCUAUUGUGGCCUGUUUGUUCUCUGCCUUGCGCCGAUUCAACCGCCUUACAGUUCAACUUCUCUAAAUGUAGCGCCGGACACAAGUUCUCUCAUUCUGGCCUCCGCUGUGUCCUGAAUCUCGCUUUGUUUUCGGUGUGUUCGGCAGGCCCGCUUGCACUAGCUGAACCCAUGAUUUUUUGCACAGUAUUAAGAAAGGUAGAUGGCUUGGGUAUUUAUUGAGAUAUUAACUGUGGGAAAACAUCCUGGAACAUUCGCAAGAGGUUUGUAGGUCUGUCAGUUGAUCUUUGUUUUUUUUUGUGCGUUUUGUCUGUGUUCUGUUAUUCAAACCAAUAUAUUAAAAAGGUUUCUCAUAAAUGCCAAAAUUAUAGUUCACUAAAGCAUUUUGCACAAAAAAGUAAAACCAUAGUAAUGUCACUUUUAUAAAUGUACAUGCAAAUAAAAAAGUAUUCUGAAUAUUUACUAAUACCUGUAUUAUCUUUAGUAUAUUACAAACAAGUACAGUUGAUCAAAUAUAAUCCAGGCUGUAUAA